AUGGCGCCCUUCCGUAUCGUGAUAGUUGGUGGUGGCAUCGCAGGCUUCACGGCAGCCAUUGCCCUUCGUGGCCCCAACAGGCAGAUCACAAUCCUCGAGCAAUCGGCCUUGAACAAAGAGAUUGGCGCUUUGAUCUCGUUGCAGCCAAAUGCUUCAAGAAUCGUGGAGUGUGAAUGGAGUUUAAGCGAAGAACUGUCGCAGGCGCGGCAAAUGGUGGAUGAAGGCUUUCGGAUAUACAACACCGAAGGGCAACUGGUCAACACCGUCCCUUUACGGACAAAGGAGAAGUAUGGAGCCGAGCGCCUUUUGUUCCAUCGCAGAGAUCUUCAUGAUGCAUUCAAACGGGCCGCUGUCUCUCCCACGAGGGCAGGAGAUCCAGUCACGGUGCGAGUUACGUCGAGAGUUGUAGACUGUGAUGUCCUCAAAGGGACAGUCACUCUAGAUGGUGGCGAAGUCAUCGAGGGCGACUUGAUUGUGGGCGCAGAUGGAAUCCAUAGUGUUCUCCGGAAACACGUCCUGGAGGAAGCAAUCAGUCCUAUGCCGACUGGGCAUUCCGCAUACCGUCUUAUGAUGCCAACAGAAAUCCUUGAAAAACAAGAACCCGAAUUCUGUGCUCACAUCAAUCCCCGUGAGCCUUUCACAUCGAUGAUCGUCGCCCACAACUGUCGUCUCAUCAUGGGCCCCGGAAGGCAGGGCGAGGUUUACGGGAUUGUCGCUUUAGUGCCAGAUGGUGCGUCCGGGCUCAUAGAUUUCCAGUACCAGGCUAACCUAAAGAAAGACCAAAUGAACGAGGAUCCACAUGCAAAACAAUCUUGGGUCGCAGAGGGAAAUUUUGAAAAGAUGAUGGACACCUUUGCCAACUUUCCGUCCUGGGUCAAAAAUAUCUUCAAACAUUCCGCCGAUCUGGGACUAUGGCAGCUACGAGAUCUUAGCCAUUUAAAGACAUGGCAUCGUGGCCGUGUGAUCAUCAUUGGCGACGCUGCACAUGCCAUGUUACCAACGCAAGGCCAAGGGGCCAGUCAAGCAAUCGAGGAUUCGGAAGCUCUGGGGGCUUUCUUGAAGGAUAUCCUUGAAGCACCCUCCCCUGAUGUUCUCACGACAAUAUUGGAGGAGAUCUUCAAGACCCGUUACGAACGUGCGAGUCUGAUCCAGGCAUAUAGUCGGCAAGCGGCCAAGCCAGCAACAGCCGAGGGCAAUAACGUCGUGACGAUGAAACCGGAUGAGUUUAUGGACUUCAACUGUGGAUAUCGUGGGGCCAAGGAAUGGAAGCAGCUUAGACAAUACGUGGAUUUAAUCGCCGAGAUGUCCUCCAGCGACACCAAGCAGUCCACGAAAAAGAUGCCAACACCGGCAAGAAAACAUCUCGUCGCACCCGAGACCGAGCAAUUGAGGCCUGCAACGCUUCGAUGCCAAUCAAAGCAGAUUGAAUGUGUUUCAAAGCGCUCUCAACUCCAAAAUCAGAAUAAUGCCCCAGUUUCUCGAUUCUCUCCGAUAAAUACAACGCCAGAUUCGAGUCUCUCGGAUUUCAGUGUACCACCUGCAACAGAAUACUCAGACGGCCAUGAAAUUUACGACGCCAACUUCGCACAAGAUCUGACGCUAGAUCAAUUUCUCCCUAGUACGGUGCCGGUUUAUCCGGAUUUAAACAACUUCCCGGCCUUUUUUGAGCAGGUUAUGCUUCCAAACGUGGAACUAGAAAUUCAACAAGAAACACAGCAGCCUCGGGGCGUAUUUGACUUCAUGCUCGAUACUGAUUUCGUGUUCCCGGAAAAUGAUCUGUUUGAUACAAACUUCAUGCCCGAUCUAGAUCGAUUAUUGGAUACUGGUCCCUCCAUUUGUGGAUCGGACGAUCUACAGAAUCCCCAACUGGGUGACCAUGAGUCGGCGAGCAGGCGAGCAGCUGCAUUUCGAAAGUCUUUCUGGUUAUGGGUGCCAGAAAAGAAUCAACAUGCAUUCAGCGAAGAGAGAAGAAUCCCUCUUCGAGAUGGGGAUACUAUCUCUCCAAAUCAUCGAAAUCGGCUUCAGGCUCUCCAAAUACCGGGGAAACUAUCAAUGCACUCUCGAGAUGAUAUCUUGAAGCUGGUCGUGCGAACAGCCGGUUCUCGGCUUUCGGUUUCUUCCUUUCCCUCUGCUGAGUACCUUGAUACGUUGAUCAAGGUUGGCAUUGGGAAGCGAACAGAAACUGAUGCAUGGAUCCAUCCAUAUACGUUCUACGAUCAGAAAUUGAGACCUGAAUUAUUGACGGGCUUGGUUGCAGCAGGAUGUGUCGAAGAUGAUAACAGUGUCCUGCGCGAUCUGCAGUGGCUACAGGCCUCAAUGCUGUGGCUAGAUAUUGGCAUUUUCUGUGGCUAUCGACGAAAAAUGCAAAUAGCAGAAAGCUACCUUCAACCACUGUGUACUGCUUUUCGACGUGCUGCGGCAUUCGAUAGAUCCACGUAUUCUAACGUAACGCCUUAUAUAGCCGGCGACGAUGAGCAGUCUUUGAAUACUGUCUGGCAUGAGUGGGUAAGGCAAGAGUCACUUAAGCGGAGUAGACUGGCAUACCAUCUAUUUGGUCAUGAUGUAGAAGUUGCUAUGGCUAUGAACCGCCCAGCUCUCACUUCAUAUACUGAGUUAACAUUGCCUUUCCCUGCUGCAAGAGAUCUCUGGCUUGCUCCCACGGCAACUGCCUGGAGAGAUCUUUGGAAUACAAAGUACCGUAUUGCGGAAAUUUCGGAUUUCAGUCUACGAGACUUGUUAUCCGAUCCGUCCUUAAUAACACAUAUCCCGGUCGAGAUGGACUUUGACUCUGCAAGAACUGCACUGCUACAAGGGAUGGCCAGCCAGGUGUGGGAAACUCGCCAGCAAAUGGUGUUGUCUCAGGGAUCAAGGCCUGAUACCCGUGCUAUGACUCGACUGUGGCUACAAAGCAGACAAGAUGAUCUGUAUACUACAUUGAAGUCUAUACCGGAGAAUCCAUCACUUCCUCCGCCCGUCACACUCUUACUGAACGAGUUUGUAAUGAUGUACCUCCACGUCGAUAUUGACGCUAUCCAACGCUUUGUAGGUAAGCUCGGGGAAUUGGAUGCCCGCCGCGCCUACCCUGGACUUAGAGACUGGAGCCAUACAAAAGAAGCACGCACUAGCAUAUGGCAUGCCGGUCAGACUUUGCGUGCUGCACGAACUGUUAAGUCGCAUCAGCUGCGUGGAUUCGAUGCUAUGGCUAUCUAUCAUGCUGUCUUGGUAUUGUGGGUAUAUGGGCUUCUCCAAUGUGGCGAGUUGAAGCAGCUUGAGGCCAAGACCCCAAUGAGUGAAGCAGAAUUGCCACCUUGUGUGUCACUUGAUGGACCAGAAGACAUGGCGACCAAAGCGUUCUUAGGCCACGGAAUCGGUCGCCCGGGACUGACCAUGACCCGAAGUGGUCCCGGUGGGGAUACUUCCAUCUUCUGUGAACUCAGCAAACCGCGCUCUAUCAUGGCUGUUGCUCGUCAGGUUUUAAAGGGGAAUUGUCCUUGUCCUGUCCCGGAGGACCGUUUGCCACCAAUGAUCCAGAACCUGUGUGAACUGAUUGAGGACUUGGGGAAUCUUCCAUAA